AUGGGUUUCAUUGGGAUUCUUGUACAAUUCACUUGGGUUGCUGUGGUAUUAUUUGAAUUGACAGCCGCAGCAGUAGCAUUUCCAAUAGCGCUGAACAACUGCCCGGACAGAUGUGGAGAUGUGGAAAUUCCAUAUCCAUUCGGCCUAAGAGAAGCCAAAAUUUUCAACAAAGAAGAGUUGCAAAAGGCUACCAACAAUUACAAUGAGACUUUAAUUAUUGGCCGAGGAGGUUUUGGUACAGUUUAUAAAGGAAUUUUACCAGAUAAUAGGAUUGUGGCCAUCAAGAAGUCCAAAACUGUCGAUGAAAACCAAAUUGAGCAAUUCCUAAACGAGGUACUUGUACUUUCUGAAAUUAACCAUAGGAAUGUAGUUAAACUAUUGGAUUGUUGUUUGGAGACACAGGUUCCUUUACUAGUUUACGAAUUCAUACCCAAUGGUACUCUUUUUGAGUACAUUCAUCAUGAAAGCCAGGCAUCCACCAUAUCAUGGGAGACUUGUCUUAGGAUAGUUGCAAAAACUGCAGAAGCACUAUCAUAUUUGCACUUUGCAGCUUUUCCACCUAUAGUCCAUAGAGAUGUUAAGUCUUCAAACAUAUUGCUAGAUAAUACUCACAUAGCAAAGGUAUCAGAUUUUGGAGCUUCAAGAUUAGUUCCACUAGACCAAACACAAUUAGCUACAAUGGCGCAAGAAACUUUGGGAUACUUGGACCCUGAAUACAUGCAAACAAGUCAAUUGACGGAGAAAAGUGAUGUUUAUAGCUUUGGAGUGGUCCUUGUAGAGUUAUUAACAAGAAAAAUGGCUCUUUCAUUUGAUAGCGAAAGAAGGAAAGGCGGAGCAAAUGAAGGAAGUGGCAAUCUUGCAAAGAGGUGCUUAAGAUUGAAAGGGGAAGAUAGACCUACUAUGAAGGAAGUAGCAACCAAAUUGGAGGGUUUAAAAAAGGCGGAGAUGCAUUUGUGGGUCAAUGUUGAUUCCAACUCAGAAGAAACCAAAUUCUUGAAACUCAAUGCUUGCGUAGUCGCGUUAUCCUUCAUCUCAUUCACAGUGGCUUAUAGGCUGCCUCCCAACAGCGAUGCUGGUUCUGUCAUCUAUGCGGUGAUGGCUUCGGCUUAUAGGGACAUGUGUCAACCUGUUGGAGCUGCUACAGAUUUAUUGGAGCUGUUACAGCUUUUGCAAAAGCUGUUUGCAGCUUCUGCUGGAGCUAUUUCAGCUUCUGCAGAAGCUGUUGCAAGUUCCGCUGGAGUUGUUACAGCUUGUGCAGAAGGUGUUGCAGGUUCCACUGGAGUCGUUUUUGGCUAA